AUGGACUGGGAGUUUGCAACGCUUUCUUCCCCGUACUUUGGGGAACUCGCAAAUACGAUUCUACGUUUGAAAGACUCUGGAGCCUCCAUCUGGGACAAGGAGACUUUGGAAGCAGCAGUGACGAUCGCUGAUACUGCUAGGAGGGUUGGGGAGAACAAAAAAUCUAGAACAUUAUUCAUUAACUUGAACAACUGGAGAGCAGCAGAGAGUCAUCUGCGCACGCUUGUCGAGAUUCAAGAACGGUUCUCGCAUAUCGAAGGUUGCUCUUACGUCACGCAACUAAGUAACUGGGCACGGGUCUUAGUUAAACUCAACAAGCAUGAUGAAGCUAAGGCUACGUUGAUCAAGAUAGCCGAGCUGGGGAAGCGCGUUGAUGAUCCUACUGAAGUAUUGAUUCACCGACUCAAACUUGCGGAGACACAGAGAUUCUGUGGGGACUUGAAGGAGGCUGAGGGGCUUUUGUUGCAGGUAUUGAAGGAUAGUCGAGAGGGACUGAGGGCGGACCAUCUCAAAACUAUACGUGUGCUUGAGCUCCUCUGUUAUGUGUACUACGAUCAGAAAAACUGGGCGCAAGCUGAGUUGAAGGGUUUUGAGUUGGUGAAGUUAAGUCAGUAG